AAAGGGAAGGAAAAGAAGAAAGAACACCUGAUCAGCCUUGGACCUCAGGUGGCCGAAGGAGAGCGUGUAUUUGGUGUCUGCUAUAUCUUUGCAUCCUUCAAUGACACUUUUGUCCAUGUCACUCAUCUUUCCAGCAGAGAAGCCACCUGCCAUGGAAUGAAGGUGAAGGCAGACCGAGAUGAAUCCUUGCCGUAUGCUGCUAUGUUGGCUUCCCAGGACGCGGCCCAGAAGUGCAAGGAGCUGGGCAUCACCGCGCUACACAUCAAACUCUGGGCCACAGGAGGAAAUAGAACCAAGAUCCCUGGACCUGGAGCCCAGUCCGACCUCAGAGCCCUUUCCCGCUCAGGUAUGAAGAUCGGGCAGAUUGAGGACGUUACCCCCAUCCUCUCUGCUAGCACCGGCAGGAAGUGGGGGGUCGCUGUGGUCGACAUCUUUGAAUAA